AUGGCUGCUUCCAUACGUUGUUGACGUUGACACAUCUGUCAUCUGCUGAAAUAUCGGUCUAAGUCUAUUUUGAGAUUUCUUAGAGUUUUGUUUUAAAACCAAACAAAAGAUGUAUACAUUGUUGUCAGGCCUAUGGAAAUACACGUUCCAAAAAGAUGAAUAUAAUGUUUCAAUUCUGGGACUAGACAAUGCAGGAAAAAGUACAUACUUGGAGCAGACCAAGACAAAGUUCACUAAAAAUUACAAAGGACUAUCUCUGUCUAAAAUCACAACGACAGUGGGUCUCAACAUUGGAAAAAUUGAUAUUGGCCAUGUUCGUCUAAACUUCUGGGACUUGGGUGGCCAGGAGGAACUGCAGUCACUAUGGGACAAGUAUUACGCUGAGUCACAUGCUGUCAUAUAUAUAAUCGACUCAUCUGAUCUUGAAAGAAUUGAUGAAUCAAAAGAGGCUUUCGAUAAAAUGGUAAUCAACGACUCCUUGAAAGAAGUGCCAAUACUUGUUCUGGCAAAUAAACAGGAUUUGGAUGGGUGUAUGCGGGUGAUAGAGGUGAAAAAAGUGUUCAACCCAAGUGCGCCCCUCAUCGGUCACAGAGACUGUAAAAUGCUGGGCACGUCAGCCCUCAAAGGUGAUGGAGUACAUGAGGGUAUUGAAUGGCUGACAGAGUGUAUUAAAAGGAAUGCUAUGAACAGGCCUCCACUUCAAAAGGACAUAACUUGAUCAGAUGGAGUUCUACUCACAACAUCAUGACAAUAUAAAGUGACUAGUACUCUAGCCAGCCACUGAUACACAAGCUGUGAUCUGUUUUGAAAUGGAUCUGAAUGUUCCCCGCUAACCUGAUAGUGGUUACAAUGUCUGGCUCAGAGUUAAUCUCAUGUCAACGUUAUCAUUCCCAUACACAAUGGAACAUUCAUAUCAUGAACAUUGAUGUUUAUUUAUUGGCAUUCUGGUGCUAUUAAUACAGCCCCAGUUGACAAAAUAAAACUUUGUUGUGACAAUAUUGCUGCAGAACAAAGUCAAGACCUUGUGAAUAUAUGUUGUUUUUAAGAAUGCAAGUGACAGUGCACGUUUAUGGGACCAUAAACUUAAACUCUGGACAAGUGUUUGAGGUGAGUACGAGAGGCAGAGAAAUCUGGACAAGUGUUGUGGGUAGACAUCUGGACAAGUGUUUGAGGCGAGUACAAGAGGCGGAGAAAUCUGGUGUGUUGUAGACAGUACUAGAGGAGCAGAAAUGUGGUAGGCAAUUAUUCGAGAAGUGGGGUCUGGACAAGUGUUUGAGGCAAGUGCCAGGGGAGCAAAUAUCUUAACAAGUAUUGUAUGCAAGCACUAGCGGAGUAGAUAUCUGGAAGAGUGUUCAAGGCAAGCCUCAGAGGAGAAGAAUCUGUUAAUACAUGUCUACUGUAUGUGCACUAAACUUUUCGGAAGGUGACUAUAUCAACCUUCAUCAUCAUUUGAAAUUUUCUUUUAAGAAUUUUGAACUUAAUUUUCUGCAUGUGUCACCAUGAAAUGGCUCUGGCUAUAAAAUGUACGCUACUGUCUGACAUACUUUGGUUUAGAUUUUGUAUUAAUGUCAUUUUCAAGGAGUAGAUAUAAAAUGCUCUUCAGGUCUAACAUUGAUGUUGGAGCUACCAUAAUUAUGCAACAAAAGGCAAACUUCUGUUAGUAAGCUAUGCCGAUUGCAGUUUAGUAAAAAUGCUAACACAUGCCUUUUCAUUGUCCUACAUUAAGACCAGCUCUAUUUGAUAAAAAUGUGUCUGUCUAUUGAACUGAGGUAAUAAGUUUUUGUUUUUGUUUUUAAACUGUUUGGGGCCAACAUUGAAAACUCCAUACAUUUCAAAGUGACAAGUAUAUAUAUAACACCUAUGUUCUACAAGCAUUUCAUAGUUGUUCUGGCUCUGUAUCUGACAUUUCCCAGUUGUUCUGUUUCUGUAUCCGACAUUUCCCAGUUCUGUUUCUGUAUCCGACAUUUCCCAGUUGUUCUGGCUCUGUAUCCGACAUUUCCCAGUUGUUCUGCCUCUAUAUCCAACAUUUACUAGUUCCUCCUCUGUGUCCGACAUUUCCCAGUUCUGCCUCUAUAUCCAACAUUUUCUAGUUCCUCCUCUGUGUCCGACAUUUCCCAGUUCUGCCUCUAUAUCAAACAUUUUCUAGUUCUGGCUCUGUGUCCGACACUUCCCAGUUCUGCCUCUGUAUCCAACAUUUUCCAGUUCUGCCUCUAUAUCCAACAUUUUCCAGUUCUGGCUCUGUAUCCAACAUUUCCUAGUGCUAGCUUUAUAUAGGACUGACCUUUUCAUUGACACUACAUUUUACUUAUCAUUGUCUAAGUUGCCUUACAAAGAAAUUUUACUGUACACUUAAAUAAAUAAACUGAACUUAUAUAUGGCAUUGGAAUGUUUAAAUUAUUUUUGCAUUGAUGUUUCAAUAAUUAAUUUUUCAUAUUUUGAUGUAAUUUGUAAUACAUGUGAGAGCUGAGAUUAGUCUGUAUAUUUCCUGUUGGAUCCUGGAGGUUGAGUUAACAUUGUAGUCCCUCUGAAGCAGACUUAUCUAUCUAGUGUGUAUGUUCUGGAAUGCUGUGUUUGGUGUAGACACAAUCUAUUGUAUGUUCUGAAAUGCUGUGUUCGGUGUAGACACAAUCUAUUGUAUGUUCUGGAAUGCUGUGUUCGAUGUAGACGCAAUCUAUUGUUAUCAUUAUUGUAACUUUUGGUGAUUAUUACAUUCAGUCAACGGUGAUUUAUCACAGUAAUUUAUUCCUUGAUGAUGUCUUCCUGUAUACAUGUCAUAUGGAAUUAAAGCAGAGUGGCAUUUAAAAUUAUGGAACAAGUUUAAUAAAUUACAUAUGACAUAGUCAUGGGUUUAAGAUAAUGUUGAUCAAAUAACUCAUAUUUAUGAGAAUGCUAAUGUUGUUGUGUUGGCGUUGGCAUUGAUGUUGGUUUUCUAAUAUUAACAUUUUGGUGCAAGCAUUGAAAGGUAUUAACACAUCACAUUAUAAUUGUACUAGCUAGGGUACUGAUAUUUGACAUUACUGUCCCUGUGGGGUAAGACUAUUCACUUCAGGAGUCAAACAAAGGGAUUUUUGAAGAAAAAAACCCCUGCUUUAUGACAUGUUUUGGACAUCGAUUCUUUCUUUUUUUGCGUUUUUGAAGAUAUCAGAGAUUUUUCAGCUAUUUAUGAAUGAUGUCAAUUAAGGUGGAGUAACAUAAAUUAAUUCCAUCAAGUACACAAUAUAAAUUUUAUUUAUCCAAUAUGCAAAACAAUACCAAUUUAUAUAUUUUGAUUAUUUAUUGACAAGCAUUUGUGAGACGAAUUACAAUGUAUAAUGCUGUUCUACAACAGCUCUUGUUCCAUAAUGAUGUAACUACUGACCUUUUACCUAUUGUAUGUAAUACUGAUUAUAACAGAUCCCAGAGGGAUCUAGGUGCCCACCAUAUGUGGUCAAAUAAAAAAAACUUUAAAAAGGCA